AUGAUGGCUUCAUCGAACGAGGAGGACCCGUUCCUCCAGGUCCAGGCAGAUGUUCUCUCAGCGCUCAACACAUCACGACCGUUAUUCAAAUCCUACCUUCGCAUACGAUCCUCGGCGUCAUCAGCGAGCAGCCCGGAGCUUCGAGAAGCCCGCCAGGAGCUCGAACAGACUCUGCAGGAUCUCAGCCAAGACCUCGAAGACCUUGUCGAAAGCGUCAAAGCCGUCGAGCAUGAUCCCUACAAAUUUGGACUUGAGAUUGACGAGGUGGAGCGCCGUAGGAGACUGGUGAAGGAGGUGGGUGAUGAGAUCGAGAACAUGCACGUGGCGCUUCAGCAGACAGUGCAUGAUGCGCAGCAGAAGGGCAAUGCGCUUCCCGACCCUGAUUCGUUUGAGGAGAACGAAGACAAUUACGCGCAAUUCGAGCAAGAACAGCAGAUGCAAAUCAUGAAUGAUCAAGAUGAAGCCCUUGAUGGUGUGUUUCGCACCGUAGGUAACCUGCGCAUGCAGGCUGACGACAUGGGUCGCGAACUGGAAGAGCAGGGCGAAAUGCUUCGAGACGUCGAUACAGUGGCCGACAGGGUUGGUGGCAAGCUGCAGACGGGUAUGAAGAAGGUUAACACCAUCAUAAGAAAGAACGAGGAUAAAUGGUCGAGCUGCUGCAUCGCGGUCCUGAUAUUCGUUUUGAUCCUUCUCCUGGUAUUGCUUCUCAUACUAUGAGCCAGGACAUUACCCAUCCAGGAGGUUGCGGAUACUGAUAUAUGCUCCACUCACAUACACACCCAGUUGAGUCUCUACGAUUUACAACGUACAUACGUUGUCUGCAUCGACGAA